CAUAAAGAAUCAUCUUGAAAAUUAGUUGCAAGUUCCAACCAUGGUUCCUAGUGAGAUCAGAGGAGUCCAAUACCUGGCACCUGAAAACCCAUUCCUAGUUCCACCCAACUUUGCCUUGCUUCAAAGUGAAAUCCCAAACCUCCAGCUCAACACCCUCUUAAGCACCAUCCCAAACUCCCACUUCCCACCAUUAGGCCAUGAAUUUGUAGCUCCUCCCUCUUCAUGCCUCAGCAGCAACUCAACUUCCGAUGAAGCUGAUGAAAUUCAGUUCAAUAUCAUAGAUGAGAGGAAACACAGAAGAAUGAUAUCCAACAGAGAAUCAGCCAGAAGAUCAAGGAUGAGGAAACAAAAGCACUUGGAUGAACUUUGGUCACAGGUUGUUAGGCUCAGAAAUGAGAACCACAACCUUAUUGACAAACUCAACCAUGUUUCUGAAUCCCAUGACAAAGUCCUCCAAGAAAAUGCACGCCUCAAGGAAGAAGCUUCUGAUCUUCGCCAAAUGCUAGCAGACAUGCAUAUUGGAACCUCUUUUGCUUGCACCAUGGAAGAUUUGGAGGACCUUCCUUGCAACACUUCUCAACUCAAACCUCUUCCCUCAGCCUCAAACCAAUCAAUCACCCCUGAUGACUUGAUUCAUGAAUGA